UUCUAAUUUCAUUUAAUGUUUCAGCCGCCUAAAAAGGACACAAAAGGAUCUUCAAAACAACCACAAAAAACACAAAAGAAAAAAGAGGGAGGAUCUGGUGGCAAAGCCAAGAAAAAGAAGUGGUCCAAAGGAAAAGUACGUGACAAGUUAAACAAUCAAGUAUUGUUUGAUAAAAGUACAUAUGAAAAAUUGCUGAAGGAAGUACCACAAUACAAAUUGAUCACGCCAUCCAUUGUUAGUGAAAGGUUAAAGAUUCGUGGGUCACUUGCAAGGAGGGCAUUGAUUGAAUUGCAACAAAAGGGACUUAUUAAACAAGUUGUACAGCAUCAUGCACAGUUAAUUUACACACGUACUACUAAGGGUGACGAUCCAGCUGCGUAAUUUGUUUUUACGCAAUGUAUAAUACCAUUUAAUAAAAAACAUCUAUAAAUAUAAAUAU